CCAUAGACCAUAUCACACGAUGGGGUUGGAGAGCGGACAGAACAAGGCGGCCAAUCCAGAUGAGCAAUCUCCGUCGUUGUCACAACCAUCGGAAUUCAGCUUCCUCCUCUUCCACCACCGUCAACUGUUCAGGCAAACUCCUAAGAUGGUUAUCAUCUUUGCGACAGUAGCGAUUUCAUGCUUGGUUUUAUAUCAUCACUCUCCCAUCACCUUACCACUUUCUGGCAACUACAACCCCUUGGCUGACAGCGAACACAUUGAAAAUUCAGGUAUAAAUCUGGAUGAGUUGAAAAGCAUAUUAGAAAAUGCAACUAUGGGUACAAAUACAGUGAUAAUUACGACUAUGAAUGAUGCAUGGGCUGAGCCAGACUCCAUGUUUGAUCUUUUUUUGGAAAGUUUUAGAAUCGGGAAUCAAACUAAAAGGUUUUUGAAACACAUAGUCGUUGUAACUUUAGAUCAAAAAGCAUAUGCCCGUUGCUUGAAGUUACAUUCUCAUUGUUAUAAUCUUAGCACCAAAGGCAUGGACUUUUCAGGCGAGGCGUAUUUCAUGGCAGCUGAUUAUUUAAAGAUGAUGUGGAGACGAAUCGAUUUUCUGCGCACAGUUCUUGAUUUGGGAUAUAGCUUCUUGUUCACGGAUGCAGACAUAAUGUGGUUUAGGGACCCAUUUCCACAAUUUCAUGAGGAUGUUGAUUUCCAAAUUGCUUGUGAUUAUUUCAAUGGAAACCCUUAUGACUUGAACAACCUACCAAAUGGAGGUUUUAACUAUGUGAAGUCAAACAAGAAGACAAUUCAAUUUUACAAGUUUUGGUACAACUCAAGGUUGACUUACCCAAGCCUUCAUGAUCAAGAUGUGUUCAACAAGAUCAAGUUCAACCCAUUCAUUAAGAACGUUGGAUUACAAAUUCGGUUCCUUGAUACUGCCUACUUUGGUGGUUUUUGUCAGCCAAGCAAAGAUCUAAACAGAGUGUGCACAAUGCACGCAAAUUGUUGUGUUGGUUUAGAAAACAAGGUUAAUGACCUCGGGAUCAUGCUUGGUGAUUGGCGAAAGUAUACAUGGUCGCUCAAGAAUCAAACAACACAUGAGUAUGUAGGUUUAUGGACAGUUCCUCAACUUUGCAGGGGUUCAUUUCAUCGUCCUCGUACCCCACCCAAGAAAUACGGCAAAGGAAGAAAGAAUUGAUUGUCCAUUUAAUAUGUUUCAAUUCCAAGAAGAUUUGGGAUGCAAACAUAUGCAAGGGAUUUUUUUUGACAAAUUGUGCAGAAUAUGGUACAAGUGUACAACCAAGAAUCUAGCUGAUAAAGUGAAGGUUGAUUUUUUAGUUUCUUUAGACUUUAACUUAGUUUGUUGUAAAUUCAUAUGCU